AUUUCAUUUUUUUUGUGUCCAACUCACACUACUCAAGAACAGACUAUUGUCUACUAAAUUCGAAGACUGUGAUCUCGCCGGAAAAACCUCUGGUCGGCUAAAUAUGUUGUCAUCUUCUACAUUGAAACAAGUAGUAGUGGGUUCACUUCCAACAGGUCAAGAACCAAAUGGGUCCAAACCAAAAGCGGCUCCCUUUUCACUACCAGUGCUCAAGUUUAACAAAACUCUUCAGUUGAAAGGCAAAGAAAAGGAGCUACAUCUGCAGGAGACGACCGCAGCUGCUGUUUCAAGAAGAGAAUUGAUAGGCUUGGCAGCUACAACAUUAGGUGGACUUGCCCUUUUUGCUACUGAGCCUGCAGAGGCACUUGAAGUAGCUGAUAUCGGGAGUUCGCUCAAGGAGCUGCUGGGGAUUUUCAAGGGCAAGCCAAAAACUGGAGCUGGCAACGAAAAGAAUCCAAAAGUUGAAAAUGACAAGAAACCAAAAAUGGAUGAAAAAGGGAAACCAAAGAGUGAAGGUGAGGUAAAAAAGCCAGAAGUAGUAGACAAUGGGAAGAAACCGAAGAGUGAAACUGAUGAAAAGAAGGCAAAAAUGGAAGGCAAUGUAAACAAACCAAAGCAUGAAGCUGAUGAAAAGAAGCCAAAAAUUGGAGAUGAUAAGAAGGCACCAACCCCUUAUCACUCAGAGAAGGCAAAAGUGUCAGUUUCUUCUGCUGCACCAACCCUUCCCAAUCUUUUGAAUUCCUCAGUUCCCUAACUUCUCAUUUGGAAAUGUUGUUGUCCUCAGAUAGCUUUUCAAGAAACUUUGACAAACUUUUCUUGUGCUACAAAUCAUUGUAGCUAAACUCAUGUCUAAAUGAUUAUGUUAGACAAGGUUUGUAUGGAUCAAUGAGCUCAAUGUCAAGACUAUUGAAGUAUUUUCAGUUAAAAGAUUUUUAUUCUA